AUGGGUGGGGAUCAGAGCUUUCAUGCAAUGGAUAUUGAUCCGCCCCCGAGUGAGGAUGAUGAAGACCACAAUGAUGACCAAACUGAUGAAGAGGAGAAUCAUGAGGAUCCUGAUGGUCUAGAGGACCCGGAAAAUAGACCACCAGAUGAUGGCCAAGAGGAGGACCAAGAGGACAUGGAGGUGGAGAACAGAUUUGGUAAUGGAGUUAUCAACGACGGAGGCCCUCAGGAAAAUGGUUUCCAUGAAGGAUCUGCAACCUCCUCUCCGCUAGGCUCUGUGGCUAGAGGUAACUCACCUAAUAGUGUGCUCUCUUUUCCUUCUUUUACUGUAUUACAUGGUGAUCGAGAUAUGUUGCCUAAUUACAAUCCGCUAGAACUAACACAGGCAACCUUCUCACCUUUAAGUAACCCGAUACCUUCUGAGGAUGAACCUCAGGAAACUAAUGGUUUGGAGAAUUAUGUUGAUGUUGUUUCAUAUGUUGAACCUUCUGUGUUAGUCAAUAGUCAGAUUUCUGGUAAUUCAAAUGUACUGUCAGUGGACGAACACAAUGUUGAUGUACCGUCUCCUGGUAUAGGGGAUUUAAACACUAAAGAUAAAGAUAGGAAGUUCAGUGUAGGUACCAUGGAUAACCUCCCUGCGUGGUGGAGAUCAUGGGGUUUCUUCUGUAAUGCUAAGACUAAUAUAGUUCAGGCAGAUCAAGACACAUUGUUUGAUACGGAGAAUGAAAUGGUGGUCAAAGAAGUGGAUGCAGAGAGUCUCCCACAGUUGAGGGAGAUGGCUGAGAAAGAGGUGAAUGGGCUCACAGAAUAUCAUCACGAAAGUUCUAGUAAGAGCCAGGGGAAGGGUAAACAUGAAGCAAAGACUCUGGUGAGGAGGACCUUUAAGAGACAAGGAAUGAGUUUCAUGGCCAGGCAAGCACAACAGAAACGAGGAACGCAAAUGCUAAUGUACCAGAAGGAGCUAAGAACCAAUGGAACUUUAGCAACAGAUCAGUCCCUGAUUGUGCCUACUUAUCAGCCUCAUAGGACCCUGGAGCGACUAAAGAUAUGGAAGAGACAAAUGGCCCUGGAAAAUAUGACAGUGAGAAGUGAUUUGCUGGUAGGAAAUGAGGCCAAGGAGACUGAUACGAUGGCCAAAAGACCAAGGGAAGUGACAGAAGAGGAGUAACAGCAGCAGGGAAGGAAAACUCAGUGUCUGGAGGGUUACAGAAG